AUGCAAGGAAAUAAUUGUAAUAUUAUGACGCAAGACAACAGCUUUUUCGACAUUACUCAUACGUUCAGAAUUGGCUCAUCGACCUACCAUGUCCUGGGUGUGCGAAAAGAUCGUCCAACGUAUAAAAAUACGUAUUAUAUAUUCAAUUGUGAGAAUGACCAACAUGAACCGACGCAUGAUGCAUCAGGAAGACCUCUAUUAGUUAAACGCUUAGCUAGAACAGCUGAACAAACUACAUUUCCUCGACAUCGUCCAAUAACAGCUAAUUACAGAAAAACAACGACAACAACAGUUGAUGAACGAACAACUAAUUUUAAUGAAUCAAAGAAAGGUAAAGGUUCAUCUCCACGCGCACGAACUGAAUCACCGAAAUCGGCUGAAAUGGACCCUGAGAUAAUGAGAGAGACAUUCAAUAAAGCAUUGAGAAGUGAGCGGCAACUGCUUCUUGCGUCAUUUCGGAAACAAAUCAAUGUAAAAAAUAAAAUAUUAAUGCAAUCGAUUAAGAAAGACAGACGAAAUGUCAUUCAAACAAUCAGCGAAGAACACAAAGCAGACACUCUUCGUUUACUCGAAGAGCACAAUAAAGUUUUAACAAAAGCUUACGAUCAAUUCGUUGGUACAACAAUUUCAUCGAUUCAUACGUUGAAACAAACAUUAAUUGACACAUUAGAAUCUCAAAAACAAACAUCACAAUCUCAAAAAGAACUUCAGCUUGAUCUAUUACGAGCAAUUGAACAGGAAAUACAGACAAUCACAGCGAAAAAAGAAGACUUUUUACAAUCAACCUUGACAGAAAUCAAUUCGAUUAAAGAAGCGCAAACUGCUCAUUUCCAAAAAUUCGAAGAGGACAGCAAAGUUAAAAAACACACUGAUGAUGUAAUACUGAAUCGAUUAUUCAAUGAGCAAAAAGAAGCUCUUACCCACAUUAUUGAACAUCAACAACCCGUACCAGUUGAUCUGAUUAAAAGAACAAUUGUUGAUGUACUCAAUCAGCAGAUAACAACAUCUGAUGAAUCUAUUACUGACAUCACAUCUCAUCAUAUCCAAAGCAAUAAUGAAGUUGUUGCUAGUAAUACAAUACAUAGUUUACCAAAUAUGAGAUCCAAUCCGUCUUCACAUACUCUUAAGCAAUCAUCAUUAUCACUGAAAUCUAAACCAUCCGAUCAAUAUUUAUUUACAGUUUCAAUACGAACACCUGAACCUGCGCAUUUAUAUGCAAAGUUACUUGUCGAUGGAGAGGAAUGUUCUCGACGAUUGCAUACAUUGUGUCAACGUGAUAUUAUGGAACACAGUUUAUACAAUUGUUAUGUAGCACCACCGAGGAAAGAUCGUCCAUUUGAAUUGACUAUUUAUGCAAAAACGGCGAAGGAAACAACACAUCGUGCAGCAAUAAGUAUACGUGUACCAGAAUCGAAUGGAACUCAAUUGAUUGAAAUUCCCAUGGUGCAACAAGCGUUUGAAGAUCAUCAAUGUAUUCUUAUUGAACCAUUUCAACGCUCAUUGCCGCGAGAUAAAGAUGUGCGUAUACACAUGAAAGUACCCGGCGCGCUUCAAGUUAAAAUUCGUAAUGGUGAUAGCAUGACCGAACUUGACUCGAACGAAUAUAAGAAUUAUAUUGUGAAGAAAACAAUACGUGUACGAGGAGAUGUUUCUAUUCUAGGUUCUUGGAAGGGCAAGCCCGAUUUACUACUGUGCGCUUUUGAAACACAGUCUUCGUCUAAGAAACAAAGUAUGUAA